AUGUCACACGCCGGAAAAACGCAAUACGAUUCUUUCGCUCCCAAGUAUGCAUCUGUUAGUGAGCUGCCCUGUUCGAAACUUGAGGGUCAGCUUGUGAGGAAUGCCUUGGGGGACUGUACGGGAUUAAAAGUGCUGGAUCUUGGUGGGGGGAGCGGACUUCAUGCUAGAAGGGCGAUUGAAGCUGGGGCGAAAGUUGUGGAUGUUGUUGAUAUUUCGCCUGAGAUGAUGAAAGCCGGCAAAGAGAUCGAGACAAGCCUCGGACGACAGGGCUGCAUUCGCUGGUUCGAAGCCGAUGUCACCAAGCCAGUCACAGAGCAAGUCAACAUCGAAGAUAAUUACGAUAUCGUGAUGGCAAAUUGGGUGCUUGAUCACGCUACCUCUGUUUCCGAAUUACGAAGCAUUUAUGAGAAUGUUGUCAAGAACUUGAAGGUUGGUGGCAAGUUCCUUGGCGUAAGGGCAAAGAGUAUCCGAGCCGCGUAUAUGAGCUACGGCAAAUACGGUGUCAUCUUCACCGAUGUUACAGACAUUCCCGGCGGCCUGAGUUAUCAAGUCAACUGUGUUACCGAGCCGCCAUUCUCAUUCGAGGCUACCUCGAUGGAAUCGACUUACUCGCUGUCUGAUGAUAUUGGAAAAGAGUUUGGGCUGGUUGAAAUGCAGGUUACCCCAGCCGAAGAGACAGAACUUGUGAAGAAUGACCGCGAGUUCUGGGAGGAUUAUCUCAAGGACCCCAACUUCGUCGUCGUAGUGGGAAAGAAGGCAUGA